ACAUGUUGAGAGACAGGAUCAACUUCUGCUCACUUUGCAUUCCGGAUAGAUGGCGCCGCUUUUCCUCAAAACAUUGUAAGUUGGACACGAAAAAAAUAUGUCUUUGAUGGUUGGAACAUUAGUGCAGUUUAUCACAACAUUAUUUACAAUGAAGAAAUCGAGUCUAGUUCAUAUGCCGCUCGUGUAAACAUCAUUUAAACAUCAGUAAACAUCAGCGCAUCGGGUGGACGGACGGACUGCAGCAUCCACCUGAAUCUCCUCCUCAGCCUCCGCCUCUCUGAGAGAUUACACCCGACCGGAGAUGGCAGCCGAUGGAGGAUGCGGGGAAUCGGUGGAUCAUUACCGGGCCGAGGUGGAGAGGCUGACCCGAGAGCUCGCAGAGGCGAACCGGGAGAAGAUCCGGGCUGCGGAAUGCGGUCUGGUGGUGCUGGAGGAGAACCAGACGCUCAAGCAGCAGUACGCCGAGCUCGAGACCGAGCAGGAGGCUCUCAAACAGGAGUUAGAGCAGCUGCAGGAGGCGUUUGGUCAGGCGUACACCAACCAGCGUAAAGUCGCCGAGGAUGGUGAGACAAACGAAGAGACGCUGCUACAGGAAUCUGCCUCCAAAGAGGCCUAUUACAUGGGACGUCUGGUGGACCUUCAAAGCCAGCUCAACGUGAGCAGCUCUGUGGCCUCCAACGCCCAAGCGGAGGCCGAACGUCUCAACACCCUGGUGCAGGAAUUCAGAGAGAAUAAUGAGAUGUUAGAGCUACAGAGGAACAGGAUGAGAGAGGAAAUCAGAGAGUAUAAGUUCAGAGAGACCAGGCUGCUGCAGGACUACACUGAACUGGAGGAGGAGAACAUCACCCUACAGAAACUAGUGUCAACACUCAAACAGAAUCAGGUGGAAUAUGAGGGUCUAAAGCAUGAAAUCAAGGUGCUUGAGGAAGAGACAGUGCUACUCAACAGCCAGCUGGAAGAUGCUUUGCGUUUGAAAGACAUUUCUGAAGGCCAGUUAGAAGAGGCGUUGGAUGCUCUUAAGAGUGAAAGAGAGCAGAAGAACAAUCUGAGAAAGGAGCUGGCCCAUCAUCUCAGCCUGACGGACAGUGUGUACGGAGCCAGCACCCACCUGGCCAUCUCUGCCGUGGAGGGUUUGAAGUUCGCAGAGGAGGCGGCGACCAAUGGCACAUCUGCGUCUGGGUCCAUCCCCAACAAUGAGGACCGCAACCGCUGUAAUGAGUGCAAUGGGCAUGGACCAAAGGUGAACGGAGAAUACCACCGACCGGGAGGCAGGAAGGGAGAGGUGCUCCACCCAGUAUCUGAUCUCUUCAGUGAACUUAACCUGUCUGAGAUACAGAAACUCAAACAACAGCUCCUACAGGUUGAGCGAGAGAAGGCGGUUCUACUUUCCAACCUGCAGGAGUCUCAAACUCAACUGCAGCACACGCAGGGCGCUUUAACUGAGCAGCACAAACGCGUUCACCGCCUUACAGAGCGCUUCAACACUAUGAAGCGCCUCUACAGUGACAAGGAGUUUGACACGGAGGAGUCCGAGAAGAACGACGUGCCCAUUAACGGUUGCUGCGAUUAUGAGGCAGACAUCAAUGGAAUGGAGCUUCUGGAGUGCAAAUACAGAGUUGCCGUGACAGAGGUUAUUGACUUGAAGGCGGAGCUUAAAGCUUUGAAGGAAAAAUAUAACCAGUCUGUGGAGAACCAAUCAGAAGAGAGCAACCACAGCGAAGGGAAGGCUCAGGCUCUCGAAGAGCAGGUGAAACGGUUGGAGAAAGCCUGCCGUGAGGGCCGUGAGCGGGUUAGCAGUCUGGAGGUGGAGCUCCGGUGCGCUUCCGUUAUGGCUAACGAAAGUAACGGCAUGCUGAACACAGCUCAGGACGAGCUGGUUACGUUUAGUGAGGAACUUGCUCAACUCUACCACCACGUCUGCUUGUGCAACAAUGAAACUCCAAACCGAGUCAUGCUGGACUACUACCGUCAGAGCCGGGUUACGCGUAGCGGCAGUCUCAAAGGCCCCGAGGACCCAAGAGCACUGCUUUCUCCACGUUUAGCUCGCCGUAUCGCGGCUGCUAACUCCUCCGACAUGUCCAAGAGUCCUCAAGACUCUCCAUCGAAGGAACCCCUUGGAGAUGGAACUAAAGGGGAAGGAGGAAGUCCCAACAAAACCCCCUUUGGUUCACCAAUCAAUGGUUCAUCUCUCUCAACCUCCCCAAUUCCAGAAACAGGUGAUCUCCGCCGGGAACCCAUGAACAUCUAUAACCUCAAUGCCAUCAUCCGUGACCAGAUCAAGCACCUGCAGAAGGCCGUGGACCGCUCGCUGCAGCUCUCCAGGCAGAGGGCUGCGGCACGAGAGUUGGCACCCAUCCUAGAUAAGGACAAAGAGGUCUGCAUGGAGGAGAUCCUGAAACUCAAAUCCCUCUUGAGCACCAAGAGAGAGCAGAUCGCCACAUUGCGUCUAGUCCUGAAAGCCAACAAACAAACUGCUGAGGGGGCCCUUGCGAACCUAAAGAGCAAAUAUGAAAAUGAGAAAUGCAUGGUGACGGAGACAAUGAUGAAGCUUAGAAAUGAACUAAAGGCCCUCAAAGAAGACGCAGCCACCUUUUCCUCACUGAGGGCAAUGUUUGCCACAAGAUGUGAUGAGUACGUAACUCAGCUGGAUGAGAUGCAGAGGCAGCUGGCUGCUGCAGAAGAUGAAAAGAAGACUCUGAACUCUCUCCUGCGAAUGGCUAUUCAGCAGAAACUGGCCCUCACCCAGCGCCUCGAGGACCUAGAGUUUGACCACGAGCAGUCGCACUGUGGCCGUGGAGGGAAAGUGUCAAAAAUUAAGAGCAGCUCUCAAAAAGUAAGUCAUCGAACUGCACUCACUGCUCCCCCUAGUCCCACUGCAUCGGUUUCAAAACCCCCUUCCUGUCUAUUCCAAAACAAUAUGAUUGCAUCAGCCAGUAGCUCUCCUUCACUGGAUGUCCCUGCUCCAUCCUCCUCCUCCUGGACCUCCUCAGCCCAGCCGUUUUUCCUCGGCCAGUCGCAGUGGAAACUGGGCACUCAGACUUUAGUUUUAGACCCAGAGACGCUAAGUACUGAGUUUUGUCAUGUUAUUCAUAGCGGAGACUCUGAUGCUCACGUUCCCAGAUCUGCUCCUACUUCCCCCUACCGUUCUCCUGUCCUGGGCUCUCGGCAGCCGUCGCCACGUUCCGUGAGAUCUCGCAUGCGCUCCAAUGUGACUCAGUUCACACCUUCGGCCGCUUCAAGAACCUCUCUAGUCCAGCCUGGGACUCCCAGAAUCCCUAAUGGUGACCCUCAGUAGGUGACACGGUUUAAGGACAGACUGGUUUCUAUCUGAUGUGACUGCUUGGAGCGUAUGAUUCAACUCAGGGAUAGAUUUAGAGACUUUUUUAUUGAUACUACUUGAAAUUUCAACUAAUUCAUUCUGAACAGAAUUAUGUUUUGCCAACUCUAGAAAUACACUAUCGGUCAUUUUUGAAUGUUUUUGAAAGAAUUCUCUUAUGCUCACCUUUUAUUUGUUCAAAAAUACAGUCAUCUGGUGAAAUACUAUUACAAUUUAAUAUAUUUUAAAAUGUUAUUUAUUCCUGAGAUCGCAGAGCUGAAUUUUCAGUCUUCAGUGUCACAUGAUCCUUCAGAAAUCAUUCUAAUAUGCUGAUUUGCGGCUCAAGAAGCAAUUCGUAUUAUUAUCAGCGUUGAAAACAAUUGUGCUGCUUAAUAUUUUUACUUAAUACUUUUAUUCAGCGAGAACACAUUCAAUUUAUAAUGUUACAAAAUUAAUUUUUCAAAUAAAUACUCUUCUUUCAAACUUUGUAUUCAUCAAAAAAAAAAAAUUAUUACAGAAUUCACAAAAAAUAUUAAGCAGAAGUUUUUAACAUCAAUAAUAUUAAGACUUUUUUCCUGAGCACCAAAUCAGCACAUUAGGAUGUUUUCUGACUUUUUUCUAAAACAUUAAAAAAUCAUAAUUAUUCCAAACUUUUGACCGAUAGUGCACUUGAGUUACAUGGCUUUGUGAGAUAAUGUUGUCUGGGUAUAAAAAUAAGAUUAAAUAAUAAUAAUAAAAAAAAAAAAAUGCACAAUGCUUGAUGUCCUUUUUUGCGGCCUGGGUAAGAAAACUGUUUUUGGUAAACACAGUUUUUGGAAUCUGCAUCAGUAUUUGGAUCAUGCUGGAAGCAUUAUUCUAUAACGCAAAACAGGUAUUGAUUGGUGCAUGUCUCUUUUAGAAUAUAAUUCCUGCAUGUGCGCUUCCAUUUUAUGGCUUGAAGAAAUGAGUGCUACAUACUGCAUGCAAAGCAGUUAGUUUGUGUGAUGGAGUUUUCAGUUAUUUUUGCAUUGGCAAAUAGCACAUCUGACAUAACUACAGCUCCAUCCACUGGCAACAGUGUGCACUGAAGAAUAGAACAUUUACUUUGGCCUUUGUGUAAUCAUCAAGCCUUGUAAGUCUUUCAAAGUGCUGUAUACUGAAAUCAUAAGUAGUAGCUCCUGUACAGUAUAAUCACAUUAAACCUAUUUUAAAGAUAAAUGCAAACUGCUUUGCUAGCUAACAGAAAAUGCUCAGUUGAUCCCAACACACCCUGUAUGAUAAAAUGUGCCAGCGAGAGCUGUUCUAUUCAUGGACACAGCAUAUGGCAAUGCAGGAUCUGCCAUAUGCAAAUGCAAGGACGUGUUGCAUUUGCUGCCCAGCUACUGCAUUUCAAUGAGCUGUAAAAUACAGAGCCACAUCAAAUGUGUCAUUCAUUAUACCAUGAGUCAUUCUAUGGAACGGGUGCCUUUCCAGUUUGGCAGGGACAUUUUUUGUGAAUUUCUGAACGUUUUUAGUACAUUUCUGAAUCAACAUAAUGUGUUUACGUUUUUAUUAAUUGUAUUGUUCCAUCUCAAAUUAGAUUUAUGAUUUUUAAUGCAUUUUAACAAGGUUAACAGUGGGUAACAGGGUGGACAGUUUUACCACAUUUUAAUAUGACAUUUUAAUUAAUCCCUUUGCUUAUAGAUUUAACAUUGGAAGGUGUGUAUUAGAUCAUUUAAUUGUAAUUUUUUAUAGAAAAUAAUGGUGACAGUUUAAGAUUGGCCCCUACUGACAAACAUAACAGACCAUAUUUAAUUUUGUUAUGACUAAACUAAAAUCUAUUGUUUAUAGAUUAUAGAGAUAUCAUAGAGAAAGUACUGCAACUUUUUAUUCACAUAUAUUUUUUCAUCAAAAUAUAAGGAUUUGGUAAUUUGGCAAAAAAAAUUAACAACAAAAAAACAGAUGACAACUUUUACAUCUUACAGUCAUUUUUAAGUGUAUAUAAUAUGUAAUGUGUAUAUAUAACACACCCUGCAUUUAAUAAUACAAAAAAGGCACUCGUUUUGUAGAAUGGCAUUCUUUUAAGAAGCUGUGGGGCAAAAAGCAUUUGACAAGGUCAGCAGUUGAAGGCUGUACAGAACAUCAGAACAUUGUGUUAGCAUUGCAAGGCUGACCGAGAUGCAGUUCAUACAGAUCUGAUGAUAGACAGCGGUUACAUUACAUGCAUAGACAAGCCUCUGGAAAUGAGAGGUGUUUUUUCUUCUUCUUCUUAUUGGAGAGAUUUCAGUUCGAGUUUAGCUUUGUAAUAUUGCUGUUUCCUGUGCCUUGCUUAAAGACAUGUGACAUGUAUAUUGUGUAUGAUGUGACUCAGUUGAUACAUUUGUAAAUCAUGGAGUUCUACUGUAGUGUAAUGGAAACCAGUCUGAUCCGCUUCACCGGUGUCACCAGGGCUCAGCAUUAAGAAAUAAAAUAGCAGUUGACCAUUUUUCCCCUAUAUGUAAGGAAAGGUUUAACAAAAUUGAGAAUAACAUUUAAACAGUCAUAUCAUAAUAUGACAUAAUGUAUGUCAAAUAAAUGUAUCACAUUCACGAGGUGUAACACUGUUAUAGUUUCUAAAGUUUGUUGAAACAGUUUGUUUUUACAAUAGUGACAGUACCCAGAAUCCUAAAAAAAAAAAACUCUCUUUAUUGUUCCUGAAGAUGUCCAUAAAAGAGCAGUGGAUGCAUCCAUUUUCUGCCUGUAGGUGUCAGUGUUUCUACAUUUCACAAUUAUUACCGAAUGUGUCAAAUGCUGGUUUGCCCAUGGUGAUCAAAAUGUAUCCCAACAACAGCAGUAUUUUCCUUCUGAUUCAAAUAAAAUUUUAUUGAAUUUUUGACUUUGGCGCUGUAAUUGUUUACAAUAUAGAGAUGGUUAUGUCACUAAUGCAUUUAUACAACCAACCGCCCACCAAAAACACAUAGUCUGGCUGCAUAUAGCAACUCCCAGAUAACCACCCACGACACCCCAGAAUCACGACAAGAACUACUCACACUGGAGUGUGAAUGGGAAAAAGAAAAAAAAUCUUAUUUUUAAAAAUGUCUUGUGUAUAUGUGCUCUUAGCUAGACAGAAUCAAUGUUUUCGAUAUUACUUUUUGUCUUGUCAAAUGUAUAAAUAUAUGUGUGUUUGCACGCUCUCAUUAACAAAGCAGCAACACUGCAUAUCAUUUGCACCUGACACAUACACUACUGUUUAAAAGUUUGAGCUCAGAAAGACUUUUUUUUUUAAAGAAAUUAAUACUUUUAUUUAGCACGGAUGCAUUAAAUCGAUCAAAAUGACAGUAAGGACAUUUAUAAUGUUGCAAAAUAUUUCUAUUUCAAAUAAAUGCUGUUCAAUAUGAACUUUUUUUCAUCAAAGAAAAACAAUGAUUUUUUUUUUCUACAGAAAUAUUAAGCAGUGCAACUAAUAAUAAUAAUUAAUGUGUAGAUAAGAAAUGUGAGCACCAAAGAAGCAUAUUAGAAUGAUUUCUGAAGGAUUGUGUGACACUGAAGACUAAAUAUAAUCACAAUUUACACUUAAUUUUGUUUUAAAACAUAAAACAGGUAUUUUCAAUUGUAAUAAUAUUUCACAAUAUUUUUUUGAUCACAUAAAUGCAGCCUUGGUGUGCAUAAGAACUUUUUCAAAAACAUUUCAAAAUUCUUACCGGCCUCAAACAUUUGAUCAGUAGUGUAUCUCUGUUUAGCAAACAGAAGGUGGUUCCAUCUUGCUUUCCUUCCAUUGUUAUACCUGGCAUUCCUCAUGAAUGUACACAGUUGAAUGUUUGUAAUAAUUUUUCUCUCAUUCUACAUGCUCUUUUUGUUCAUUUUAAGUGUGAUUCUGCAUGAGAUUAACAAAUAGAAUCACACUCUAGUUAGACCAUUGCUGCCAUUUCCGGCGAGUUGACUACUCGUCUCUGUCUGUGUUUGUGUCACUAACCCUGACUGUCACACCUCUGUAUAUCUGUCUAAUUUAUCAGUCUCUCUUAGAUUGUCAGCAGCCUGCUGCCUCAGUACCGCCAACCUCCCCACAACUGAGGCGCGGGAGGGCAUCCACGGGCCACAGGUAACCCGUCCUUCGGAGGAACUCGCGCUCUACUUGCUUCCUUUCUCACUCUAUUUCUAACAGAAAAAGAUGGCACGCAUUCACAAGUUGUUAACAACAUCCACCCACUUGCUCACACUUUUACAAUACAAUUGAUAUACACCACCAGACAUAAGCUUGUCAUAAUUAGUGUUUUUUUUCAUGUAUUUAAAUAAGGUCUCUUACGCUCACCAAUGCUGCAUUUAUUUGAUCAAAAAAAGUAUUAGUGAAAUAUUAUUUCAAUUUAAAAUAACUUUUUAUUUAUACAGUAUGAAUAUAUUUUCAAAUGUCAUUUAUUCCCGUGAAUCUUCAUUACUCCAUUCUUCAGUGUCACAUUGGUGCUCAGAUAUUUAGCAUUUAUUACAGCAUUUCUUUGAAAUAUAAAUCUUUUGUAACAUUAUAAACACUUGUUAAACAUGUCAUUGCUGAAUUAAAGCAUUCAUUUCCUUUUCUUUUUCUUUUUUAAAUCCUACGUACCACUACCUUUUGAAUGGUAGUGUAUCAUGGUUUCCACAAAAAUAAAUUUUCAAUAUUCUUAUUAAUAAGAAAUAUUUCUUAAACACCAAAUCAGCAUAUUAGAAUAAUUUCUGGAUCAUGUGACACUGAAGGCUAAAAUAAUACCUGCUGAAAAUUCAGCUUUGCCAUCGCAAGACUAAACUGUAUUUUAAAAUAUAUUCAAAUUUUGAACAGUUUCAAUAAUGUUUCACAAUAAUACGGUUUCUACUGUAUUUUUGAUCAAAUAAAUGCAUUAAAAUUCGUAAUUAUUCCAAACUUUUGACCUUUUGACAAAAAUAAAACUGAGAUGCCCAGCAUCCUUUCAUCACCCUCUCAUCCCGAGCUGUCAAUUAUAGACAACAUUCCUUUCGUCCCAUACAACUUUGCCUCUUAAAAGCUACUUGCUUUUGCAUGUGCCUCUUGUGUGUCUGUCAAAAGUUAGUGAGUUAAUGUUUAUGUCUGAAUUAGUGAACUGUGUUUUUUCCACUACAACAGUCGCUCCAGUUUAAUAGGAAACAGGAUAUGGCGAUUUGAUUUUACACCUACUCACGGCCACUGUUUCUGUUUUCUCUCCCUUCUGGCUGUGUCGUUUGUCUCUUGGUAGUCCUAUAGCUCUUCAAGAGGACCAGAUGACUGCAGCCAACUCCAGACUUCCAUGUGAUCCUUUCAACUGUCUGGCCCAUCAUUCUCAUCUUUUUGGCCCUUAGCCUCCUGUCGUCGGACUCUAACAGUGACCAAUCCUCACAGAGACGGGGCACAUCAGGUCAAUCAUGACCUCCAGCCAAUCAGACGCUCUUCUCUAUGUGUGAUCCCAGAGGGGCCCGCCCUAAUUUCCCGCCCAGUUACUGAAAUUGGAUGAAUUAUUCAGUGAUGCCUAUUGUGAACGCACUAAUUAUCAUCCUGAGUGAGAUGAGAGCAAACGGAAAUGGACUGAUGUAUACUUAUUUAUUUAUCUAUUUAUUACUUUAUUUAAUUGUGUUUUUGUUUGUUUAUUUUAAAAUAUGAUGCGUGUUGUGUCUGAUUAUUUUAAUAUGAAUAUGAUUUUGGAUAUGAAUGCAGUUUUUCUUAAAUUUACACUUUUAAACCACAAAAAUUUUUAUUAAUUACAUCAACCCAGGAGUAUUAUGGGAUGCAAGGUGACUCUUUCUAUCAGUCUCAAAACUAAUAUUUUCAAUCUUUGAUGCACAAAAAAGUUUGAUAGAAAGAUAAAAUGAAUUACUGAGAGACAUGUGCACAUAAUUUUCAAUAAGUAGAAACAAUUUUCAGUGUAACAUUUGAGUGACUUUGAUUUUGACCUUCAAGCUCCUGAGGUGAUGUUUGCAUUACAGUGAUACUACGAUUGAGUUUUGCAAAUCUCAGCUUUUCUAACGUCAUUGCACAUGGAAUUUGUUUCUUUGUCCUUUUUUUAACAGUUUACUGCAAUGCAUAAAGAUUAUAUUUUAUACCUGAAUUCUCUUUUUUAUUGCCGAAGUGAUGUCAGAUAGGACAUAUAGGCCUAGUUCAGUGCCCGUUGGGCAAAAAUCAUGUUAGAGGGAGUGGAGUUGUAGCUUGAGUGAGGCUUGAUCCCAGUGCGCUGCUAAAUUUGAACAUGAUGUGGGUUUAUUAUUCUCAGAUCUGCUCCAAAAACAGCAUACAAGCCCUAUUUACUCUAUCCCAUAUUCACUAUAGAAUCUCUCAUUUUCAUUUUCUGUUCAAGUUAUAUCUAACCUUUACCCUGUAUAAAGCACAAACACAUUUAUCUAUGCAUUUUGAAACAGGCACAGGAUCGUCUUCAUGUCAUUUGGUCAUCUGUCCUCCAAUCAUGCCUUGAUUUGUACCAGCAGGACAAGGAGAAAUAUCAGAUGGCAUUGUUUUUAUACAGCAGCAAACCACAAAAACACAUUUUCAGUCUCAAUGAUUGACUGAAAGGUUAUUGAUGGGCCUAGAAUGAAGAAUCCAUCAGACGCUUCUCAAAGCAUAACUGUAUCCAUUGUGGAACUAGAACAAAGCUUAGUCUGUUUAAUGACAUGCAAAGAAGGAUAUAAGAUCAAUGGUUUCAUUCACAAUCUCUUUAGGCUCCCAGUUCUCAGUUUCUGUUCAGUCUAACCCAUUCAUUUGGCGUUUAAGACUAUAUUCAUUCGUAUUGAGUAUUUUCAAUGAGACAAGAGCAGUUUCAGUUUUAUUGACUACACAUUGUGGUAUAUUUGUUGCCUCUGAAGUGAAAUUUACUGAAUAACACCCACAACGUCACAUGGUGUGUACUGGUGAAAGCAUGACCUUGCCGCAGGAUAUUUUUAUGUGUAUACAGUCAUAAGCCACAUAGUUUUUUGUGAAAUAAAAUUUAAAA